AUGAAGACCUCUUUCAUCACCAUCCUCGCCACUCUGGCUGCCAGCGCUCUCGCUGCCCCUACCCCCUCUACCGGUCUUGCCGGUCUCACCAGCCUUGUUGGUGACCUGACCAAGCUCCAGGGCCUCGACGGCCUUGCCGAUGUCCUCAAGGUCGGUGAUGUCACCAAGGAGCUCAACCUGGACAACCUCCCCGUUGUCUCCAGCCUUGGUGACCUGACCAAGCUGCUCAACCUCCCCCCCACCGCCUCUGCCUCCAGCACCCCUGCUGUCCAGGAUGGUCACAUCGUCCAGAACCUCGGCCCCCAGCUGAACAACGUUCUGACCAUCACCGGCACUGACCUCCAGCCCCUGCUCAUCGAGCUGAGCCCCGAGGUUACCGCCCUGGUCUCCUCCCUCGGUCUCGGUGCCCUUGGUGUCCCUCUCGGCUCCAUCGUCGCUUCCGCCAGCUCCCUCGGUGACCUUGUCACCGGUCUUGGCCCCCACGUUGACGGCCUCGUUACCGUUGUUGGUGCUGACGUUGGUGCUCUCCUCAUCUCUCUCUCCCCCGAGGUCGCUGGCCUUGUCUCCGGUCUUGGUCUCCCUACCGUCGGUGUCCCCGUCGGUGCCGUCGUCGCUACCGUCGGUAGCUCCCUCAAGAAGCGCAACCAGAUCGUCGGUGACCUCGCUCCCGAGGUUAAGGAGAUCCUGACCGUCACCGGCCCCAACGCCAAGCAGCUGCUCAUCAAGCUCUCUCCCGAGGUUGCCGCUCUCGUCUCUGGUCUCGGUCUCCCCUCCGUCGGUGUCCCCGUUGGCCAGGUUGUCAAGACCGCUGCUAACGUUGGUGACCUCCUCGUUGACAUCUCCACCCCCGUUGAGAACCUCCUGAAGGUCGUCAACAAGGACGGCAGCGCUCUCCUCAUUGAGCUCUCCCCCGAGGUUGCCUCCCUGGUUGCUGGCCUUGGUCUCUCCGCCACCGGUGCCGCUAUUGGCUCCGUCAUUGCCACCGUUGGUGCCAACCUGUAA